CACACAACGUUCAAACUGGCGGGAACCAAUUUCUAAUAGCAUUCUAAUUUAUAUUUCCGUAAAAGCCAUUGCUAUAAAAAUGCAAAAGUCUAUAACCUCCUUCUUCAAGAAGAAAUCCGACACCAUCGACAGCCCCUCGCCACCAAAAAAAAUUCCAAAGAUCGAGGCGAAUUCAGAACUGCUAGAAAAACCCAUCAUUAAAACUGAAAAUGUCUCUCCGAAAGCUAAGUCAAAAGUUCAAUCGAUGGAUGCCGACUUGGAAAAAGAGACAAGUCCAUCGAAAGAUUUUAAAAAGGAGCAAAAUUUUAAGAAGGUCACAACCAUAGGUUUAAAUUCCUCCUCAAUUAGCAAGGAGGACAUGGAGAACUAUGAUCCCUCAGCCGAUUCCUAUCAUCCACUCAAAAAUGCCUACUGGAAGGACAACAAAAUCACUCCUUACUUGGCAUUAGCCCGCACAUUUCAAGUAAUUGAGGAAACUAAAGGCCGUCUUAAGAUGAUCGACACGCUAAGCAACUUCUUCAGCUCUGUAAUGUUGGUCAGUCCGGAGGACCUGGUGCCAAGCGUGUAUCUCAGCAUUAACCAACUGGCGCCUGCCUACGAGGGACUGGAGCUGGGCGUGGCCGAAACCACUCUAAUGAAGGCCAUUUGCAAGGCUACGGGCCGCAACCUGGCCCAUAUUAAAUCCCAAACGCACCUUAUCGGUGACCUUGGUAUUGUUGCCGAGCAGUCACGCGUUUCGCAGCGCAUGAUGUUCCAGCCUGCUCCCUUAAAUGUGCGAGACGUGUUUAGGAAGCUGCGUGAAAUAGCCAAUAUAUCCGGUCAGUCCAAAAUGGAUCUGGUCUAUAACAUGUUUGUGGCCUGCCGGUCGUCUGAAGCGCGCUUCUUCAUUCGAUCUCUGAUUGGCAAGCUGCGGAUUGGCAUUGCCGAACAAAGUUUGCUCACAGCAUUGGCUAUUGGCCUGGUUAAAAAGAACCACAUUGAUGACUGCAAAGCCAGCAAGGUUCCCGAUGUUUACAAAGAUGAAAUUGCAGACACGACAUUGAUGCUUAAAACUGCAUACAGCCAAUGUCCCAAUUACGACAUUAUCAUUCCGGCCAUUCUCAAGUACGAUAUUAAGGAGCUGCAGGAACGCUGCCCAAUGCAUCCUGGCAUGCCGCUACGGCCCAUGCUCGCCCAGCCCACAAAAGGCGUUCACGAGGUGUUCGAGAGAUUUGGCGGCAUGGAAAUCACUUGCGAGUGGAAGUACGAUGGGGAGCGAGCCCAGAUUCACUGCAACGAUAAGGGGGAAAUCAGCAUAUUCUCCCGAAACUCUGAGAACAAUACUGCCAAAUAUCCGGAUUUGAUUGCCAGAAGCAGUCGGUUCCUUAAGGGCGAAGUGAAGUCCUAUAUCAUUGACAGCGAAAUUGUUGCAUGGGAUGUAGAUCGAAAGCAGAUUCUUCCCUUCCAAGUGCUUAGCACUCGAAAGCGAAAGAAUGUCGACAUCGAGGAAAUCAAGGUCCAAGUCUGCGUCUACAUCUUCGAUCUUCUCUACAUUAAUGGCGCCGCGUUGGUAACUAAAAACUUGUCAGAGCGACGCAAACUUUUGCUGAAGCACUUCCAGGAAGUUGAAGGCGAGUGGAAAUUCGCUACUGCACUGGAUACCAAUGAUAUUGAUGAGGUGCAAGCGUUUCUAGAGGAAUCCAUUAAAGGAAAUUGUGAGGGCCUCAUGGUAAAGACCCUGAAUGAGGAGGCUACCUAUGAAAUCGCCAAGAGAUCGAGAAACUGGUUAAAACUAAAAAAAGAUUACUUAUCUAAUGUGGGCGACUCACUGGAUCUCGUGGUGAUCGGCGGCUACAAGGGAAAGGGCCGGCGCACUGGUACCUAUGGAGGGUUCUUACUUGCCUGCUAUGAUACAGAAAACGAGGAAUAUCAAAGCAUAUGCAAAAUUGGAACAGGCUUUACCGACGAGGAUCUUCAGUCACACUCUGAGUUCUUGGGCAAGCAUGUGACUCCCACCGCCAAGUCCUACUAUAGAUACGACCCUAGCCUGGAGCCCGAUCACUGGUUUGAGCCUGUCCAAGUGUGGGAAGUCAAGUGCGCCGAUCUUUCUCUCAGCCCGAUCCAUCGGGCAGCCAUUGGCAUCGUGGACGGCGAGCGAGGAAUUUCUCUGCGGUUUCCCCGAUUUAUUAGAAUUCGCGAGGAUAAGAACAGCGAGAACGCGACGGACGCCAAUCAGGUGGCCCAUAUGUAUCAGUCACAGGACCAGGUUAAGAAUAAUCAAAAAUCAUGUACACAGGUAGAGAUGGAGGAUGAGUUCUACUGACCUUACGGUUCAUUUAAGUGAGCAACGCUUAUUUAACAAUAAAUUUCCUUAUCGCUAUUUUA